GUGGGCACAGGUGGGUGGCACUGCUGGGCACAGGUGGGUGGCACUGCUGGGCACAGGUGGGUGGCACUGCUGGGCACAGGUGGGUGGCACUGCUGGGCACAGGUGUGUGACACUGCAGAGUGGCACAGGUGGGUGCAUUGCUGGGCACAGGUGGGUGCACUGCUGGGCACAGGUGGGCGCGGAACUUGUGGGUGGCACUGCUGGGCACCGAUCAUCAGGGCACUGAUCAUCAGUGCCCUGAUGAUCGGUGCUGAUCCUCGCUCUGACAACUGCCGGUUCUCGGCAGUACUUUCCUCACGAUCUGACAGCGUGAGGAAAGUGCAGCCGAGAACCGGCAAUUGC